CGGGAGGUGGGGCGAGGGCCGCCGAGUUGCUCCUGACAACGGCGGCUGGCGGGGAGGAAGCGGCGAUGUCUGCUCUGAGGUACGCGGGGCUGGACGACACCGACAGCGAGGACGAGCUGCCUCCUGGCUGGGAGGAGAGAACUACCAAAGACGGCUGGGUUUACUACGCCAAUCAUGUUGAGCUGAAGACCCAAUGGGAUCACCCAAAAACAGGAAAGAAGAAACGUGUGGCAGGAGAUUUGCCUUAUGGUUGGGAACAAGAAACAGAUGAAAAUGGACAAGUGUACUUUGUUGAUCACAUAAACAAAAGAACCACAUAUCUGGAUCCACGGUUAGCAUUUACAGUUGAGGAGACAUCGGAGAAGCCAAACAUUCGGCAGCGAUAUGAUGGUAACAGUGCUGCUAUGGAAAUUUUACAAGGCCGAGACCUAAGUGGCAAAGUUGUCAUUGUCACAGGAGCCAAUUCAGGGAUUGGUUAUGAAACUGCACGCUCUUUAGCUUUGCAUGGAGCACAUGUUAUCCUGGCCUGCAGAAAUCGAGCUCGAGCCACUGAGGCUACACAAAAGAUACUGGAAGAAUGGCACAAAGCCAAGGUAGAAGCUAUGAUCCUGGACUUGUCUUCCCUCCAAAGUGUCCAGCAGUUUGCAGAAGCCUUCAAGGCUAAAAAACUACCCCUUCAUGUAUUGAUCUGCAAUGCCGCUGUGUUUGGCUCUCCAUGGCAAUUGACAGUAGAUGGCCUUGAAACCACUUUUCAAGUCAAUCACUUGGGGCAUUUCUACCUGGUGCAGCUGCUUCAAGACGUUCUGCGCCGUUCAAUACCUGCGAGGGUUAUUAUUGUAUCAUCUGAGUCACACAGAUUCACUGAUAUAAAGGAUUCCUCAGGGAAGCUGGAUUUUAGUCUGCUUUCCCCUGCUAAGAAAGAUUAUUGGGCCAUGCUAGCCUACAACCGUUCGAAGCUCUGUAACAUUUUCUUCUCGAAUGAGCUGAACCGCCGGUUGUCACCUCAUGGAGUAACAUCCAAUGCUUUGCAUCCAGGAAACAUGAUGUACUCCUCACUGCAUCGCAGCUGGUGGCUGUAUACCCUACUGUUUGCCUUGGCUCGUCCCUUUACCAAGUCAAUGCAACAGGGAGCAGCCACCAGUGUUUACUGCGCCGUUGCCCCAGAGUUGGAGGGCCUGGGAGGGAUGUACUUCAACAACUGCUGCCGGUGCCUGCCAUCGCAGGCAGCCCAAGAUGAAGCAUCAGCUUCUGCCUUGUGGGAGCUGAGUGAGAGACUGAUCCAUGAGCGAACUGGUGGCCACUCUGCAUAAUGUCCAGCCCGG